GUAGAUGGAGAGAGGCUGUGUUCGUGUUAUAGCUUUCAUAACAACUCAAUUGGUCACGCGUGGCCACAAGCAAAUGCUCACUGUAUAUACCACAAAAAACACCUCGUGGUGAUGGAAACAGAGCAGGAAUGGGAAUUUAUCAAAAAUGCGAUUCAAAACCAAGAAGGCAGUAAAAAUGGUGAAUGGUUUAUUGGUUUGAAGAUAAAUAUAACAACAAGAAAUUGGACUUGGGUCAAUGGCAAAUCUCUGACUAUUGACAAAUGGGAGAUGUCAAGUCCUGACCCAAUCGACUUUUACGGGAUGAUUCACGAGGAAUAUCCACCUGGAUUUAAAGGAUCUUUUAGCACCAUUUUAGGAAACGUACAAAGAGGAUGGAUUUGUGAGAAAGAAUCAGGUAUUGAUCAAGACCAGAUAAAAGAAGUGAUUUUACCUUUAUCAAAAAUUAUUGUCAUGCAUGAAUCUGAAUUAGCUAUAGGCUGCUUUUCCCCUCCCAUUCCCACCCCUUAUCUUUCCCAUUCCCACCCCUUAUCUUUACCUUUCCCAUCCCUUAUCUUUCCCUUUCCCACCCCUCAUCUUUCCCUUUCCCACCCCUUAUCUUUCCCCUUCCCACCCCUUAUCUUUCCCUUUCCCAUCCUUUAUCUUUCCCUUUCCCAACCCUUAUCUUUCCCUUUCCCACCCCUUAUCUUUCCUUAUCUUUUUCCUUUCCCACCCCUUAUCUUUCCCUUUCCCACCCCUUUAUCUUUCCUUUCCCACCCCUUAUCUUUCCUUUUCCCCACCCUUAUCUUUCCCUUUCCCCCCCUCUUUCUUUCCUUUAUCUUUUUCCCACCCCUUUCCCAUCCCUUAUCUUUCCCUUUCCCACCCCUUAUCUUUCCCUUUCCCACCCUUAUCUUUCCUUUUCCCACCCCUUAUCUUUCCCUUUCCCACCCCUUAUCUUUCCCUUUCCCACCCUUUAUCUUUCCUUUCCCACCCCUUAUCUUUCCUUUCCCACCCUUUAUCUUUCCCUUUCCCCACCCCUUAUCUUUUCCUUUCCCACCCCUUAUCUUUCGCUUUCCCACCCCUUAUCUUUCGCUUUCCCACCCCUUAUCUUUACCUUUCCCAUCCCUUAUCUUUCCCUUUCCCACCCCUUAUCUUUCCCUUUCCCACCCCUUAUCUUUCCCUUUCCCACCCCUUAUCUUUCCCUUUCCCACCCCUUAUCUUUCCUUUUCUCACCUUACCUUUUCCAGAACCCGCCCAUUGCGACCACCUUUUACUAAAGGCUUAUCAUCUUCAGGGGAAAAGUUCCCGUAAUACCAGCCUCUUUAAAAAAGCUCUAUAGAUAAAUUAUAAGAGAACCCCUUAGAAAUCUAUCGAUUCGUAGCUAUGGCCAAACUUAAAAACAAUGAAUUAUCACCUAAUCGCAAUGCUACCCCCCAAAUGUCUAGCUAGUGACAGUGUCAAUUGUUAUGCUCCUUUAACAGACAAUUGUCAAGGAGACUGUUUCGUACAUCCUGUUCCGCAAAGCACUAGUCCUCCUGGAACAAAAGCUUUUACUACAAAAGUCAGGACGUCAACAGAACAGGAUAUCACUGAUGUAUCAGGUUAAUUUAAGGAUAUGUAAAAGGGCAACUUUCAUGAAGUAAUCGAAGUUUGUAUGUUUCGUUUUGAAAUUUGGAAAACAAACCGAAACGGUCUCUAUUUGUCUCUCUUUUUUCAUUGUUUGGCUCGUCUUUUUGUCUGGUUUUUUUUAUUUAUCUGAGGAAAAAAGAUUUGACCCCCCGGUGGUUUUCCUUUUUUGUAUGUUUUAUCUUUGUGUCUUAAGCUAAAAUCAAUAUUAAAAGCCAGGAUCACUACCUAGGUUUAACUAUAUCAUGAUUUAUGUGCAUGUGAACAAAACUUUUAAUACAUUGAUUUAAAAUUUAGGGUCUUUAACAAUUGUCUCCAUCCUUACCACGGCGAAAUCAACAGACAGAGCGAAAUCAACAGACACCCCUACCACAGCGGAUGACAAGAGCAGUUCUUCCCCCAUAGUAAUGAUAGUAGGCGCAUCUUUAGCAGCAGUGCUCUUCGUAGCGUUGAUCAUUUUCAUCAUAGUCAUUUCAUUAAGACGAAGGAAACGUCAGGGAAAAGGUAAAGAGUCUCUAGAAGUUGUAAAGAUGAAACUAUUAUAA